AUUCACCAAAAAUCUGUCACCUGACAAGAUCAACCUGAGCACAUUGAAGGGGGAAGGUCAGCUGACCAAUUUAGAGCUGGAUCAAGAGGUACUUCAGAACAUGCUGGAUCUUCCAACAUGGCUUGCUAUAAACAAGGUCUUUUGCAAUAAAGCAUCUAUUAGGAUACCAUGGACAAAAUUGAAAACACAUCCUAUCUCUUUGUCCUUGGAUAAAGUUGUAAUGGAAAUGAGCACAUGUGAAGAGCCACGUGCCCCUAAUGGACCCUCUCCUAUAGCAACUGCAUCUGGACAGAGUGAAUACGGCUUUGCUGAAAAAGUGGUAGAAGGCAUUUCAGUUUCUGUGAACUCCAUUGUAAUAAGGAUUGGUGCAAAAGCAUUUAACGCUUCAUUUGAACUUUCCCAGCUGAGAAUAUAUAGUGUAAAUGCAAACUGGGAACAUGCUGACCUCAGAUUUACUAGAAUACAAGAAGCUCAACGUGGAGAG